GCAGAGCAGCACGCGACAGAUAAGACGAGCCACCCAUCAGUAUAUACAUAUAAUAAUAAUAAUAACACGAAUAAUACAAAUAAUACCGAACUAAGAUGCACGGGUGCAAAUUACUGUUGACAUUGCUGCUGGCGCUGCUCUGCAGCCAGGGUUUGCGUGCGGCCUGCGUGUGCUCGGAGAAGGGCACGGAUUACUGCCAGAGCUGCCAGGGACCGACAAUAGUGCGACCAAAGCCGCGCUACUAUGAGCAGGGCGAGGUGAAUCUAUCGCCCAUUGGUGACAAUUGCUGGUGCAGUAAGCAGCUCAUCGAACCCGCCCAGCUGCCCAAGACCUGCGGCAAAAAGCCAUGCAAGCCCACCUGCAGCUGCCAGAAUGAAGAUAGCAGCUACAGCAGCUCCAGUACAAGCUCCAGCUAUGAUAACAUUCGGUAUGUGUCCGAGAAGUCACAUGAUGACAGUGCACCAGCAGAUCCCAUAAGCGUUAGUCUGGCUGUUCAGGCUGGCAAGGCAAUCAAUGUGCCCGAGGCGAAGUUGGCAUAUGGAUUUGCGCAGAAGCCUGUGGAUGGACAGCAAAAGGUCUUCCAUUCUAAUGUGGCCGAGGAGAAUCUGUUCAAGCUGAAAAGCGACGUCAUCACACUGAAGAAGCGCACCUAUGCCGUCAAGCAGGAAGACGAGGAAUAUGUUGAGGAAGAGGAGGAGAAAGCCAACGACGAUGAUGAGUCAACGCCACAGUUGACAUACAAGCAGCUUGGUUACAUUACCGAACAAUACAAAAACCCCAAGUUCAGAAAGAUUAAUACCCGCAAAUCAAGCUACAGUUCCGACUCCAGCAGCGAUAGCUAUGCCAAGGUGGGCGGCAAAGUAACCGUCGACUGUGGUUUCAAGCCUGGUCGCGUCACUUCUUACCGCAAUGCACGUCGGCAGGAGGUUGAGGGUGGCAGCCAUUAUUAGAUGGUGAAGUUUGGCGCAGAAACGGACUCUGUGUCAGCCUGUAAAUAAUUAAUUGUAUCUGAAUGGAAAUGGAUAUAUGUUUGUAUGUAUGUAUCUAUGUAUGUAUUAGUAUUUAAAUACACAAAUCAAGAAAUGUUUAAAGCUAAGCAGAAUACGUAUAUUUUAGGCAUGUUGGACAUUUUGCACAUUUUAUUAUUUGAUUUUCUACCAAAACAUGCACAUUUGUAUGUACUGGGGAAAUAAAUAUUCACGGCAUACUCCAUUAAAAAACCGUUUAA